UCCACCGCGCCCACCCCGGCAGCCUGCAGGUGGCCGGCCCCUUCCACCCACUGCGCCGGGGAGCCUCUGCCGUUCCAGGCGCGGCGUGUACACAUUUUCCGAUUUCCUCCCAGCCUCCGCCCUGCCGCGGCCCGGUGACUCAGGACCCCGGCGGCCGGGCCCCCAGCUCCAAGGGCUCUUUGUUUACUCAGGGCUUUGGCUCCGGCCCUUCUGCCUGGGGCGGUCAAAAGGAUUUCCUGAGCCUCGCCCUGCCCGCUGACGGCCUGGCCAGUGGGCCCUGAGGAGGCCUGGGGUGGGGGUCCCCGAGGCAGGGCAGGGCAGCCCCAACACUGGGCUCCGGCGAUGGCCGGCAGAGAGCAGCCUGGGUCCGGUCAGCGGCCCCUGGAGGAGGAGAAGGAGGCCAUCCGCCGGGCCAUCCAGAAGGAGCUGAAAAUCAAGGAGGGCGUGGAGAACCUGCGGCGCGUGGCCACGGACCGCCGCCACCUGGGCCAUGUGCAGCGGCUGCUGCGGGCCUCCAACCGCCGCCUGGAGCAGCUGCAUGGCGAGCUGCGGGAGCUCCACGCCUGCGUCCUGUUGCCAGGGCCCAGCCCGGCCCCAGCCGAGCCUGUGGCCCCGGGCCCCUGGCCACGGGCAGAGCAGCCACGAGCCCGGCACCUGGAGGCUCUGCGGAGGCAGCUGCAGGUGGAGCUUAAGGUGAAACAGGGGGCCGAGAACAUGACCCACACGUGUGCCAGCGGCACCCCCAAGGAGAGGAAGCUUCUGGCCGCUGCCCAGCAGAUGCUGCGGGACAGCCAGCUGAAGGUGGCCCUGCUGCGCAUGAAGAUCAGCAGCCUGGAGGCCAACGGGGCCCCUGAGCCAGGCCCUGAGCUGCUGGCCGAGGAGCUGCAGCAUCGACUGCGCAUCGAGGCUGCUGUGGCUGAGGGCGCCAAGAACGUGGUCAAGUUGCUCGACGGCCGGAGGACGCAGGACCGCAAGGCGCUGGCUGAGGCCCAGGACCAGCUGCAGGAGUCCUCCCAGAAACUGGACCUCCUGCGGCUGGCCUUGGAGCGGCUGCUGGAGGGCCUGCCCCCCGCCCACCCUCUGCGCAGCCAGGUGGCCCGGGAGCUGCAGGCUGCGCUGCUUGGGAACCCCCAGCCUUCAGGGACACUUGGGAAGCCCACCGCCCUGACAGGGACCCUGCACGUGCGCCUCCUGGGCUGUGAACAGCUGCUGACCACCGUGCCUGGGCGAUCUCCAGCGGCCGCGCUGGCUGGCAGCCCCUCGGAGAGCUGGCUUCGGGCCAGGGCCAAGCAGCGUGGCGGAGGCAGCCUGACUAGCGAGGUGCUGGCGGUGCUGAAGGUGGACAACCGCGUGGUGGGCCAGACGGGCUGGGGACAGGUGGCCAAGCAGUCCUGGGACCAGACUUUUGUCACCGCCCUGGAGCGCGCCCGCGAGCUGGAGAUCGGUGUGCACUGGCGGGACUGGCGGCAGCUGUGUGGUGUGGUCUUCCUGCGGCUCGAGGACUUCCUGGACAACGCCUGUCACCAGCUGACCCUCAGCCUGGUGCCGCAGGGGCGGCUCUUCGCCCAGGUGACGUUCUGUGACCCAGUCGUGGAGAGGAGGCCCCGGCUACAGAGACAGAAAUGCAUUUUCUCCAAACGGAGAGGGCAGGACUUCCUGAGGGCGUCCCAGAUGAACCUCAGCAUGGCGGCCUGGGGACGCCUGGUCAUGAGCCUGCUGCCCCCCUGCAGCUCGCCCAGCACCAUCAGCCCCCCAAAAGGGGGGCCCCAGACCCCGACAACACCACGGGGCCCCUCGGAGCCUGUGUCACCCAGUAACUUCCUGCCCAAGAAGAUCCCCUUGGGAGAAGAGAUGCGGCCCCCGCCCAAGCCCCCUCGGCUCUACCUGCCCCAGGAGCGGACCCCCGAGGAGACUCCGUGCACCAAACGCCCGCACAUGGAGCCCAGGCCUGGACUCGCGGCCGCCCAGCCGGCCUUCCCCACCAGGAAGACCCCCCGGCUUCAGGACUUCCGCUGCUUGGCUGUGCUGGGCCGGGGACACUUUGGGAAGGUCCUCCUGGUGCAGUUCAAGGGCACGGGGAAGUACUACGCCAUCAAAGCGCUGAAGAAGCAGGAGGUUCUCAGCCGAGACGAGAUGGAGAGCCUGUACUGCGAGAAGCGGAUCCUGGAAGCCGUGGGCCGCUCAGGGCACCCCUUCCUGCUCUCCCUCCUCGCCUGCUUCCAGACCUCCAGCCACGCCUGCUUUGUGACGGAGUUUGUGCCCGGGGGUGACCUCAUGAUGCAGAUCCACGAGGACGUCUUCCCGGAGCCCCAGGCCCGCUUCUACUUGGCCUGUGUGGUCCUGGGGCUGCAGUUCUUGCAUGAAAAGAAGAUCAUUUACAGGGAUCUGAAGUUGGAUAACCUCCUGCUGGAUGCCCAGGGCUUCCUGAAGAUUGCAGACUUUGGGCUGUGCAAGGAAGGCAUCGGCUUUGGGGACCGGACUAGCACCUUCUGUGGCACCCCGGAGUUCCUGGCCCCGGAGGUGCUGACCCGAGAGGCCUACACGCGGGCUGUGGACUGGUGGGGGCUGGGCGUGCUGCUCUACGAGAUGCUGGUGGGGGAGUGCCCGUUCCCGGGGGACACGGAGGAGGAGGUGUUUGACUGCAUCGUCAACGCGGAUGCCCCGUACCCCCACUUUCUUUCAACCCAAAGCCUGGAGCUCAUUCAGCAGCUCCUGCAGAAGACCCCAGAGCAGCGUCUGGGGGCGGGUGAACAGGACGCGGAGGAGAUCAAGGCUCAGCCAUUCUUCAGGGCCACCGACUGGCGGGCCCUGCUCGCCCGCACCGUCCGGCCUCCCUUCGUGCCCACCCUCUGCGGCCCCGCGGACCUGCGCUACUUCGAGGGCGAGUUCACGGGGCUGCCGCCUGCGCUGACCCCGCCCGUCCCGCGGAGCCCCCUCACCGCCCGCCAGCAGGCCGCCUUCCGCGACUUCGACUUCGUGUCUGAGCGAUUCCUAGAGCCCUGAGGGCCUCUCCCAGCGCCUCUGCUGGCCCCAGCCGCCAGACUGGCCAACCCUCCUGCUGCCCGCAGGCCCAGGCCUUCCCCAGUGCUUCUACGCUUGUGGGGCUCCAGGUAGCGGCCUCAGGACUGCCAGCGUGGGCUCUGCCCGUGUCACUGUUGCAGGUGCACCCUCCCUUGGCUCCCACCCUAACCCUGCCUCCUGGGAAGACCUGGGCCAGAAAGGGUGCCACAGCAAGGAACAGUUUAUGUUUUUAAUACUUGACU